AUGCCAGAUACAGUCCUGCCUGCUAGAGCGGCCCGCGCGGGGCGGUCGGACACUUCCAACGACGACAGUGAUCCUGGAGACGAUAGAUCUUCAGAGGAGAGCUCCAGCGAUGAAGAGGAGGAGGACGAGGAUGAAGAUGAAGAAAGCAGCGAUGAAGAACAGUCCGAAUCCAAUAGCUCCUCCGUCCUUGCAACGUCCGGCAUUACCUAUGACCUCAGCCAACUAGAUUCUGAGUCUGAAGCCAGAGCCGUUGUGGGCUUGACCGGCCAUUUUGAUGUUGUCAACUGUCGCUCUACUCCCGCUGGGUAUGACUUUCAGCUGUCGGAUCGGCCACAAGUGCACAUUGGCGCGGAUUCGUCUACCUGCACUUGCGCGGCCUUCCAGGAUCAACCGGACGGGGCGUGCCAGCACAUCUUUUGGCUCGUUGACCAACUGCACGGCUGCUUCCUCCCCGCGCCUCGGUCGACGGAGGUGACACUAACUCCAGACGGACGUCCGGAGCGCCUCCCCCGCAUUGAGGACCUCCUAAAGGGUAAUCUGAUGUCAGUCGCAACGCAGCUCAAAUGGCAGUGCCUACGAGAGGAGGAGGAUGGGAUGACGCGGACAGAGAAGGUCCGGGACAUCUUCUCUGCGUUCAGCAACCGGACUCUUCCAGAAGACACCCGCCGGGACUUGACAGAGACAACCGAGCAAGCACGAACGGCAGAGCAGUGCGUGGUCCAGGGAGAUUUCGAAGCGACGAUGUUCCGGCUUGCAGUUCACGACGACGGGGUUUUCAACAGCCUCUGCAAGGCGAUGCCCGCAGGCGCGUGUGCGGCCAUCUACUUCGACAAAGUACAAGAGCAGUCACGCCGACUCCUCAACGACUUCGACCGAUACUGCGCAACCGGCGAGUUGCCCGCGAACCCCGUGAGCCCAGACCUGGGCGUAGAGAUCAACGACGUCGUAACACAGCUCCAGCGGUCUGUAUCCCGGAUUGAAGUCAACAUCGCAGCGCGCGCUCCGCACGGCUCGGAAGGCGCCGCCGAAGCCCUCGUAUCUCUCCUGGAGUCGGUUGUGGCUCGCAAUAAUGAUCCCCUCGAAGGCAAUCCCCUGGGUCGGCAGUCCUUCCACGGCGAAGACGAGGACCAGCGCAAUCUAUACCACUUGCUCAUCGGGUCGGUCGAAACAGACUCCGAAACAGACGCGCGGCACUUUGUCCUUCACGCGCUUGAUGCCCUGCCGCCGGUGGACCUCCACCAAUGCGCCAACCGGCUGCGUGACAUUCUCCGCAAGAUCGAAGUCAACCGUGCCCCGAAGCCGUAUCUUCUCCAUCUUGGAUCAUUGAUCCGUACUGCUGAAUCUGCUGCUGCCGCUGCUAUGGGAUCGGGACAAAAGCGACCGGCGGCUGGGAAUGGCAAUUCCGGGGGAUACAGUAAACGAACCCGUUGA